GAAGUCUCGGAGCAGCAGCGGGCUCUCACCGUCCUCCUCUCCCAGGCUUCCUCGCUCCUUCUGCGGCUCUUUUCCUGAUGGCAACGCCGGCGGACGACCCGCGGGAAACGGAGGACGUCGUCGUAGCGCUGUCGACGCACCAACACCACCACUUACAGAACAGCAACAGCAACAACAAUAACAAUAAUAACAACAACAAAGACAGUGAAGCAGGGGACAGCACGACGACGUCCAGCACCGGGAGCACGGAGCCCAGAGGCGGGAGCACGGUUCAGAGCCUCGGUAACGGGUCCGUGCUCAGCCCCAGCGGGGGAAAUAACGGGAAAUGGGUCCGGUUGAACGUGGGCGGCACCGUGUUCCUCACGACCAGGCAGACCCUCCUCAAGGAGCAAACCUCGUUCCUGUACCGGCUGUGUCAGCAGCAGGACCUGCACUCAGACACCGACGAUUCGGGAGCCUAUGUGAUCGACAGAGAUCCGACCUACUUCGGUCCAAUCCUGAACUACCUGCGGCACGGAAAACUGGUCUACAACAAGGAGCUCGCUGAAGAAGGCGUCCUGGAGGAGGCUGAGUUUUACAACAUCACGCCGCUCAUCAAACUGAUCAAGGAGAGGAUCCUGGAGAGAGACUCCAAGGCCACGCAGCAGGUGCCCCCCAAGCAUGUGUACCGCGUGUUGCAGUGCCAGGAGGAGGAGCUCACGCAGAUGGUCUCCACCAUGUCGGACGGCUGGAAGUUUGAGCAGAUGGUGAACAUCGGCUCGUCGUACAGCUACGGGACGGAGGACCAGGCUGAGUUCCUGUGUGUCGUCUCCAAAGAGCUUCACACUCCCGGGUCAGGACUCGCUACGGAGCAGAGCCACAAAACAAAGCCGGCAGAGAUGCAGGAGGAGGAAGAGGAGGAGGAGGUGGAGGUGGAGGAAGAGGCUGCGAAGGAGGCGGAGGGAGGGAGAGAAACAACACCGAAUGAGUGGAUUAGAGAAUGAGGGAGUCAUGUUGCUUUUGUUCCAAAGAGAGGCGGGAAUGGCUCUUCCAGCUCCAUGGGUCCCGGAUGUAGAAAUGUACAAGAUAUUUAAGUUAUUCUUUUCUAUUCCUAUUGCGCGUCAUCAACACAAAAAAAAAGUGUGUAGCAUUGAUAUCAGUUUAUUCGACAAAAUGCCAGGUAGACUAAAAACACAAAUGCUCACCGUGAAGCACAGCAAUACCUUCAAAACUCAUUUAAGUAGUAGAAAUAAUCAUGUGUUUGCGUACGUUAUCUCGCCAAGGGCAGUGGUGUAGUGGAGCUUAGUAAAAUUAACCAAAGAUCAGGCGGGAAUGGGUGAGAAACUGUGGUAGAUAUGGUAUAUUCUUGUGUGUGUGUGUGUGUGUGUGUGUGUGUGUGUGUGUGUGUGUGUGUGUGUGUGUGUUUGU